UGAACCAGCAUGGGUGCACAAAUCUCCAAAAACGCCGGAAAGGAGGAAGCUGCGGUGGAGAAACCCGGCGAGGCUGCGGCUUCGACGGCAGCUGCCAAGAGUAAUGGACAGGAGAACGGCCACGCCAAAACCAACGGAGACGCCUCCCCGGCAGCUGAGGAGGCCAACAAGGCUGACGUCCAGGCCAACGGCAGCACCCCCACCCAGGAGGCGCCCAAGGAAGACUGUGACAAGGCAGAGGAAGCCGAGAAGGAACCUGGCGCCGCCACAAAUGGCGAGGCGGCCGCCAAGCCCGAGGAAGUCGCAGAGGACGGCAAGCAAAAGAAGAAACGCUUCUCCUUCAAGAAGCCUUCCUUCAAGCUGAGUGGCUUCUCUUUCAAGAAAACCAAGAAGGAGUCCGAAGAGGAGGAGAAGGCUGAGGGUGAAAAGGCGGAAGGGGAGAAGACGCCGGCCCAGGAGGAGGGUGCUGCGGCAGCAGUAGAGGAGGAGAAGGCCGAAGGGGAGAAGGCGCCAGCAAAGGAGGAGGUCAAGGAGGAGGCCAAGGAAGAGGCCGUGCCUGAGGAGCCCAAAGCCGACGAGGUGGCGAAGGAGGAAAAACCGGCAGAAGCCUCUUCACCAGCCGAACCAGAGGCUGCUGCAGCCGCCAGUCCAGAGGCCCCCGAAACCCCCGCCCCAGCUGAAUAA